CCUAUUAGUGACGUCCAUGGUACAAACGUGGCCAGACACAUUUCCUUACGCAAGCACCUCAAUCGUCGACGAAAAGGAGAGAUACCUCAGUGUGUCAGCAAUCACGCUUCUCCUGACCUCGAGCCUUUACAAGACAGAAUAGACUCUUUCGGAUCUAGAAGCGUUUCCUCCAAAACACAUGACAGAAGCCCACGAAACUGCAAUUGUCCUGAUCGAGCUCAAGAGAAUCUGACUACUCCAUCUUCAUUGCCUUCAGGCGCCAUCGCUACAUCUAGCACAGGCAUCAUACUCAUUGAUACGGUUUCGGGCCUCAAGCUGCAGGCUGCUUCUUCGUCGACAUUCCACGACGCUAGACUUCCUACCGACACACAGGCUCCUCUCCAGUCCCGCAUUCAAGCUUCAUCUGGCGGCGUAGAGCACGAUAGAGACUAUGUGGUGGCCCUGGAAACCCUUCAGAGAUGGGAGUCAGAAGAGGAAGAUCAACUCACGGCGCGACUAGCACGCGAUUACAGCAUGGCCUUGCAAUUACAGCAAGAGGAGGAUAGUAGGCAUGCUGCAGAAUCACAACCUCCAACCAGAGAGUGUACCGUGUGUUGUGAGUCGUUCCAUCCGCUGGAAUUUCCAGCCAAGCCUCCGUCGAAUGCAUGUACACACACUGCACAAGUCUGCUGCCCAUGUCUACAACAGUGGGUCGCUACAAAGAUCGAUGCAAACGCACGAGCAGCGAUUGAUUGUCCACAAUGUACAACACGUCUGAACCACGAGGAUGUCCGUCGCGCCUGCAAUUUCGAGACCUUUGCCAAAUACGACAAAUUCGCCACGCUGACCGUCGUGGAUAGCUUGCAGGACUUCCACUGGUGUCUACGUACUGGUUGUACAGGAGGGCAGGAAUAUGUCGGCGGGAACUCGGGGUAUAUGAAGUGCUACGCUUGCGACUAUGAGCAGUGUCUUCAACACAAAACUGGCUGGCAUUCUGGCGAAAGCUGCAGACAAUACGAUGCACGCCUCCAGAACCAAGCCAGCAAGAAGAACCGUGAUCAAGAGGAGCGUGAGACAGCUAGAUUCAUGAACGAACAACAGAUCAAGACUGUCUGGAAAAAAUGCCCGGGUUGCCAGGUCUUGAUUGAGAAGAAUGAUGGUUGCGAUCAGAUUAGGUGCAAGAUGGAAAACUGCCAACAACAGUUCUGCUGGGAAUGUCUGGCGACUUGGGAAUCUAUGUUGGAACAUAAAGAGAAAGCGCAUGCUGUCAGUUGCAAGUACAGAUCGUCUAGAAAAUACCCGUAUAGGUAUGUC